AAGCUGAGCUUCUUGUUUCCUCCCACCGAAAAUGAAGGACUUGAGCAAGUCUUCAAUACAUGCAUCAUGUACACAACAAAGUCACAUGACCGUCACGUGAUAUUGCUUACAAACUACGUAGUGAAGUCGCAAAAAGAUGGCAGCGGACCCGAACUGGGCCGUCUUGCCAAGCGUUACAGUUGUCGACAUAUUUUCGUACCUUUCGCAUGAUGAUAAACUCGGAGCAUCUUCUGUAUGCAAGAGAUGGAGAAGCUGUCUCUUUCACCCAAACUUAUGGCAGAAGAUACAUUUACAGCUUCACAGCUCGAACCGAUUGAAGACUAAGUUCCUCGCUGACAGAUGUGGACAUUUUGUACGGGAAAUCACGAUCAAGUUUUGCUCUCAUAACAUUACUGACGUUCGAGAGUGUGGUCGGAUUUUGGACAUUAUGAAAUGCAACAAAAAUCUGCAACAAUUUUGUUUACAGCCUUCCAGCUGUCAUGUUGAAUGGCCAGAUAACAACACUGUGUAUUUAUUUGACAGGUUCUUGGACAGUGUGGAAGGCAUCAUCCGGAACAGUCGUAAGCUACGCCACUUUUCCUUGGGAUGUCUUGAGGAGCUACUAGAACAUUCCAGCAUUUUUCUGUCUCUCCUUGAACGCCACUCCCGCAGUCUCCAAUGUCUCCACCUGGCGAGUGUAAAGGAAGACUCCGAGGGGUACAGGAUCGUGGAGAUUGACCCUGUGCUCUUCCAUCCCUUCACCGCCCUCCGACAGCUCAGCAUUGAUUACGACCACCUGACAAAUCAGCUGCUGGAGAGCUUCACUCAUCACAACAAGACCAAGUUGGAAAAGCUCAUUAUCCAUGUUCACGGUGUCGAAGCAGAUCACGAACGGAUCACUAACUCCACAUGGCACUGCAUCCGCAGUCACAACCCUAACCUCCAGGUGACCUUGAACCUGAUCCACUCAUUUGAUGGUGUGGACGCUCUCCUGGACAUCCUACAGCCCAGCUUGCCAUUGGCACAUUUUCGACAGUUUUUCUGUGCCCACCUCAACACAUCAGCCCUUUGUUACUUUGCGACCCACUACAGGACUACCCUGCAGUCUAUCCAUAUCAUUGACGGACUGAUGGAUGGCUAUCCAGUACCGUACACCAAUACUGCCGAGGAAGAUCCAUUUGUCAUGCUGGCCUGGAGAUGUAGCCUGCUCACCGAAUUCACACUGAUUGGUUACGAGAUAGCAGACGAGGAUGUGAUUGCCAUCUCCCGUCUGCGGGGAAGUCAGCUGAGUAAACUGACUGUCCCACGUUGCUGUAUCAUGACAGUAGAUGAUCCUGAGGAAAACGAAAUGUGGGCCCCGGGUUAUCAACUCCAAAUUAACUUCACUGCAUUUUCAGAACAGGUAUCAGAGAGCUUGACGUGGAAUUGGCAUGCGUUGGAUGAUCAGGAGCUCCCUCUGGCAGUGUUCGAUGCUGAUGCAGAUGCUGAAAGGGCCUACAUGGACAUUCUGUUGGAGGAACAGCGACCCAUCUCCUCAUGCUGAUGGGUAAAGGGAGAUAACUAGAAAGAAUAGCAUUCAGUAUUGAAACAACACAGAAAUGACUUUAUCUACAAUGCAAUAUAAAGAUUACAUCUGGUUUAAGGUUUUUUUCUUUGAUACCAGCCAUAACUUAGCCUUCAGUUACCGGUAAGAUGAUCAAAUCUGGUUCUAUUAAAAACCAAAACACUGAACUUCAAAGUGAAGUUGUUUCUUAUAACUCUAAAAAUACAAAUAAUAUGCAAUAAUUUUAAAACAUUUUGGCGAUUGAGAAUGAAAUAAUUUUAGACACAUGGAAUGUAUCAUUUGUUAUAUGUCUGGAAAUAGAUAGCCCUAAUUUGAUCAAUAUUGCUUUGGCUCAUGAUUAUGGUGAAUUUAUUUCAAAAUUUCAAGUUUUAUUCAAAGUUCAAAGUUGAAAAAAUAAACCAGUUUAUAAAUAUCAACUCCCAUGGUGAUGACCUUGAAAAAAAGGUUGAAUUGCCAAAACAGAGAAUUUAAAAUAUAAUUAGCUGAAGUCCUUAUUAUUUCAAAAUUAUACUAUUUGUAAUGUUCCUAAGCACUUUCAAUUGAUACAACCGGUUGAAAAUAAAGAAACCUUCUUCAAUUUUGUUCAAUUGACGUUAUCGUACGAGAGAUUCAGAUGUAGAAGGCAGAGCAAAAUUUGUUUUCCUACUGAUCUGUAUAGGGUACUGAAAUAUCUUCAUAAUUCAAGCUGCAAGUAAACACAAUAUUAUCGCAUUUUGUUUUCACAUCUUAUAAUGACUAGUUUGAAUUUGAAUUGUCAAGAAGUUAAAAAAAUUCUGAAGCCAUAAUUUAUGACUGCAUAUUCAUCUUAAAAAUGAGGAUUAUUUUGUUUAGUGUAACAAUUCAAAGAUUGUGUGCAUGUUUAUGCAUAUUUUUUUUCAGAAACAACAGUUCUGACUGAAAAGGGUUUACUUUUACAUUACCGAUAUAUAUAUAUAUUAAAAUUCCACCGAUUUUGUUUCCCCCUCCCCACCCCAUUUUUUGGGGGAAGUAGUUCCUUUCCUUAAAAACUAUAGUGGAUAGAUAGGUGUUGCCGAUUUCCUUUAGGUAGACUGUUAACUCAAUCUCAGAGAGUCUAACCUACGUGUCUUCAACACAUCUAGCUGUGCACCUUAAUAUAAAUUGUUCAUCUGUGAAAAUAUUGAUCUGCCUAACAAAUUUAGUUUUACAUUUUACAAUGUGCUAGCUGUACUGAAUCAAUCGAUCUCCAAUAUUAACAAAGACAGAAACAAUUGCGGUGUCAUUUGUGCUUACUUAUAUAAUAAACAAUUUAUGCAAGAUUUUAGAGACAGUAUUUAAAAUCUAUUACAAAAUUGUGCAAUGUUUAUCUUAUCAUCAAAUCAAUGUAGCAGAUCUAAUUUGGCAAUUACAGUUAUACAAUAUAUUUCAUCGUCAUGUCUUGUAAAAAGUGUUAUUUUAAAUUUUAAUUCAAAGCUGAUGAGACAGAAAAUUGUACCGUUGUGUCUAUAAAUUCAGAUUAAUUUAUAUAUAUAAAAUAAUGAUAGAUAUGUUUAUAUUUUAUUUUAUUUGAAACUUUGAAACUAAACUGAAAUCCAGCGUGGGAGGUUUAUGUGCUUUUUAAACUGUUCUACCAUUUCAUCUCCAUGAAUAUAUUGAGUACAUUGGUACAUAUUCAUUUUUCAAAGUAUUAUCGUAAUGGUAGGUCCACAAUGAAUUCUACGAUGUGUUGUUUCAUAUCAACCACGCUAGCUACCUCUUUAUUCUGCAAAAUGGUCUCAUGCUUUGUUGGUUAAAAAGAAUGUAUCGUCAAGAAAAUUCAUAUGAAAAAUUUAGUACGCAAAUCACAAACUAAAUUAGUCUUUAAUAUUCUUUAUAAUCAUUUUUUUUUUAUAAAUAUUAACUAAUUUCUUCGAAGUCAAAAGGAAGAAGAAAAUAAGUGUAGAAAUUCAAAUAUAAGAUGUAUUUUUUAUCCCACCUUGAAAUAAUUAUAUAAAGAGUCUGUUACCACGUAAGUGUAGAAAUGUAGCGAGGCUAUAUACAUGUACAUUGUACUACCAUUUUGAAGAAUAUAAUUUAUUUUGAAGAUGAAAGUCAAAUUUUGACUUCAAAGAUGAAUUUUGGAAAUUAAAGAAUUAAAUGCAAUGCAGCCAUUACAUGAACCAGCCAUUAGCAAAGUAUGAACCAUUUCCAUAUCACAAGGUUUUUAAUGUGCCAAGAAGUUACCUAUAGCUGUCUGCCACUUGAUUCACUGUACACUUUAAAUAACAGAGGAAGUUUCAUCAUUGUCCAUCGUGUAGUGUUUUGUGAUCAUUGCUUAUAAUAUUUGUACAUAUUGGAGUUUCAAUUUUAAACCCUGAGAUAAAUACAUUGAUGGUUCCAACAGUUGAUCCUGGACUUCAUGUAUCCACAUAUGCAAAAUAACAUGAAGUAUAAACUCACUUUUUUGGGCAAUUUGCAUAUUUUUAUGAGUGUAAGUAUUUAAUUUUGAAGAUAGUGUACUGUAUAUGUAUAUGAAUAGACAAAAGUAUGUUUAACAUAUGUUUAACUUAAAUUCCAUAUAACAUUUCAAUUACAAAAUACUUUUUUUUUUCCUCAAAUCUAAAAUAAU